UCAUCAAACAUAAAACAAUACAAAGUUCAUAAAAGUAAAAAAUAAAUUAUCAAUAAUUUUUAACAUAAAAUAUAAAAUUUGUAUUUUAAUAAUUAUUAAAAAUUUGGAGAAAUAUGUUAAAUAAAUGUUUACGAAUCAUCGCAAUUCGACCUAAUUUGAUAUAUUUUAUAAAUUUAAAAUGGUUUCCUAUGCAAACAAGAAAUUUUGCAAGUACAUCAAAUGAUUUUUUAAAAAUGCCUAAUUGUGAUUAUGCACCUUCUAUCUAUAAGGGUACAAAUUAUGAAUUUAUUAAAAGAGCAUACGAAUUAAUUAUAUCUCCUUCUUUGAAACAAUUUUACAAAGAACCAUUAUUAAUACAUGAAGGUCGAGGGCAAUGGUUAUGGGAUCAUCGCGGGAAACGAUAUUUGGAUAUGUUUGGUGGAGUUGCUACUAUUUCUGUUGGUCAUUCUCAUCCAAAAAUAAUAACUGCUAUAUCUAAACAAGUAUCAAAAUUAAACCAUAUAUCUUCUGCGUAUAUGCAUCCUUGUUUAUACGAAUAUGUAAACAAGUUAAUGAAUAAAUUUUCAAGUAAAUUAAGAGUUGUAUAUCUAACAAAUAGUGGUUCAGAAGCAAAUGAAUUAGCCUUCCUAAUGGCUAGACUUUACACACGUAAUCAUAAUAUUAUUUCAUUAAGAAACAGUUAUCAUGGUACAACUUAUGGAACAUCAGCAUCUACAGCAAUGAGUACAUGGAAAUAUCCAUUUAUUGUACAACCACCUGGUUAUAUACAUAUGAUAUAUCCAGAUAUAUAUAGAGGUAUAUGGGGUGGAUCAAAAUGUAGAGAUUCGCUUAUACAAGUGACAGGAAGAAAAUGUGAUUGUAAAGAUAAAGAAUGUAUAGCUUCUGAAAAAUAUUUUCAAAAAUUUGAUGAAUCGUUCCGUUUUAGCUUGCCAUGUUCGCAUAAUAUAGCUGCAUUUAUAGCUGAAAGUAUUCAGGGAAUAGGAGGAGCAGUUCAAUAUCCCAAAUAUUUUCUUAAGAAAAUAUAUAAUUAUGUUCAUGAAAAGGGUGGUCUUUAUAUAGCGGAUGAAGUUCAGACUGGUUUUGGUAGAACGGGAGAACAUUUUUGGGGUUUUGAAAGUCACGGUGUAGAACCGGAUAUAGUAACUCUAGCAAAAGGAAUAGGAAAUGGAUUUCCUCUCGGAGCGGUAGUUACAAAUAACAAAAUUGCCAAUAGUUUAAAUUCUGCAUUACAUUUUAAUACAUUCGGAGGAAAUCCACUUGCGUGUGUUGUAGGAUCAACAGUAUUAGAUAUCAUUGAAGAAGAAGGUCUUCAACAAAAUGCACAUAUAGUUGGCACGUAUUUGAUCAAUCGUUUGAGUACUUUUUUAUUAGAAUUUCCUAAUAUUAUUGGUGAUGUUAGAGGAAAAGGAUUAAUGAUCGGAAUUGAAUUAAUUUCAAAUUCCGAGACGAAAAAACCCUUAGAAUCUGAACGCAUACUUGAGAUUUUCGAGAAUAUUAAAAAUAUGGGAAUUCUCGUUGGGAAAGGAGGGUUACAUGCAAAUGUAUUACGAAUAAAACCACCUUUAUGCAUAACAAAAGAGGAUGCAGAUUUUACAUUUGCAGUUAUUAAAAGAACAUUAGAAAAAUAUAAAAAAAAAUAUAAUAUUUAAAAACAAAAUUAUAAAAUAAUAUGUGAAUAAUUGUUUUAUUUAAUACAAUUAUAUAUAUUACAUUUGUA